UAUAUUGCGACAUACGCCAAAGCGUGGACGAUGAUGAAACUCGAGGCAAGAAAGUUGUAAACGUCAAUCUGUUACCUACGUGCGUUGCUGUCAAGUCUAGAUAAGUUGGCACUUCCUGAAUCGAGCUGAGAGGAUAAACAGAACUAGGGUCCAUUGUGAUUGAGAAUCUAAAAUGGCAGAAAAUGGGAGCAGUCUCUCUCCGGAGGAAAAGUUUACAUUAAUUACUAGGAACUUACAGGAGACGAUAGGUGAGGAGAAACUCAAGGCAGUUUUAAAAGAGCGUGAUGUGAAGAUCUACUGGGGAACCGCCACCACUGGCAAACCUCACGUGGCCUACUUUGUUCCCAUGUCAAAGAUUGCAGACUUCCUUAAGGCUGGCUGUGAGGUUACCAUCCUGUUUGCUGACCUUCAUGCCUACCUUGACAACAUGAAGGCCCCUUGGGAGUUACUGAAUUUACGUGUCAAGUACUACGAGGCAGCUAUCAAGGCCAUGCUCAAGUCGAUUGAGGUCCCUCUUGAAAAGCUCAAGUUUGUGAAGGGCACCGAAUACCAGCUCAGCAAAGAGUACACAUUAGAUGUCUACAGACUGUCGUCGUUGGUGACGGAACAUGAUGCCAAGAAGGCUGGAGCAGAGGUGGUAAAACAGGUUGACCACCCCCUACUUAGUGGACUGCUCUAUCCUGGUCUUCAGGCACUUGAUGAGGAAUACCUCAAGGUGGAUGCUCAAUUUGGAGGAGUUGAUCAGCGUAAAAUCUUCACAUUUGCAGAAAAAUACCUCCCACAUCUAGGAUACAGCAAGAGGAUCCACAUGAUGAACCCUAUGGUACCGGGCCUCACAGGGACCAAGAUGAGCUCUUCAGAUGAAUCCUCCAAGAUAGACCUACUAGACUCUCCCGCCCAGCUGAAGAAGAAGUUAAAGUCCGCCUUCUGUGAGCCGGGAAACAUUAAGGAUAAUGGCGUGCUGUCCUUCUGUAAAUUUGUUCUCUUUCCGCUGUCUAGAACAGGAGAAUUCAAGGUCCUAAGAUCAGCUGAAUAUGGUGGGGAUAGUAUAUACACAUGUUUUGUAGAUCUAGAAGCAGCAUUUGAAAAAGAGGAGGUGCACCCUGGAGACCUGAAAACCUCAGUGGAGUUUUACCUAAAUGAGCUGCUGGAGCCAAUUAGGGCUGAGUUCUCUUCUGAUGAGCUGAAGAAGCUGGCUGGCAGAGCAUACCCGGUGGAGAAGAAAAAGAAGCCUGGCCAGAAAGGAGCCACAGGGACCGCUACUGAGGAUAAACUGACCCCAGACAGACUCGACCUGAGGGUGGGGAAAAUCCUUUCUGUGACAAAGCAUCCAGAUGCAGACUCAUUGUACGUAGAAUCAGUAGACCUUGGGGAGGAGGCUCCUCGGACGGUGGUCAGUGGACUGGCUGGACUUGUGCCAAUGGAGGAACUCCAGGACCGCAUGGGCGUGUUCCUGUGUAACCUCAAACCACAGAAGAUGAGAGGCAUCGAGUCCCAGGCAAUGCUCAUGUGUGUGAGUGUGGCGGAACCCCGCGCUGUAGAGCCUCUUAACCCUCCCGAGGGAAGUGCUCCAGGGGAAAAGGUAUUCUUUGACAGCUAUGACGGAAUGCCUGAUGAGGAACUCAAACCAAAGAAGAAAGUUUGGGAAAGUCUACAGCCUGAUUUACGAUCCAACGGAGACUGUGAAGCAGAAUGGCAGGGGAGUUUGAUGAAGACCAAGCUAGGAAACGUGACCUGUAAAUCACUCAAAUCCUCACCGAUCAGAUAGUGUGGACAGACGACCAAAAUAUCAACCAGCGACUGUGACAGACAUUUAUAUCGAAAAAACUCGAGAUUGCAGUAAUAUAAGCCUUCCAACAUCUUUUUGAGAAGGGUAUGACACCCAAUCAGUUUAAGUGUUUUUCAUUGUAGGUGAAUGAAGUUUGACAACUUGUUUAUCAGUGGGCUUUCCUGUUUAGUACAGUUAUUCACUGUGAUGACGUAGCUCUAGCCAGGACUGCCUAUCUCCUGUGUUUCAUUCGGGUUUAGUUUACUGUAAGGUUGUUCUGAUUUUACUUUUCUAACAAAAUCUUUACUAACAGUUUUGUCAAAGUGAUUCUUAAACCUAUCGUAAAAGAUCUGUUACUGAUUUCACAUGUUAGCGACUUUUGAACCAAAAUUAAAAUAUCUGACAUGACUUGUAUGCUAAAAAUUGAAUAUUUUAUUGUAUGCACACAGACAGAUGUACAUUUUGCUAAUUAUUUAUUUCAGUGGUUUUAUUCAAUCAUGCAGUAUUCACAUUUUGUUCAUUUUGAUAUUUUCCAAUGGUGUGUGGAUGAUGAAGGAUACGAACAUUAUAUUUAGGUAUUAAUAAAAGCAAAUGUUAAGGUUUGUUGAAAGAAUUUCUUUUCUAGCUCAGUGCUACAAAAAUCAGGUUUCCAUUUGAUGAGUUUAAAUAAAAACAUAUACCAGCGUACGAUAACCUGCUUCUAUUUCGUUUGUCAGUGUCAGAAUAAAAGGGAGAGUCUAAGACAUAUCGUAUCACUACAGAUUCUUUGGUUCUAUUAUAACUGUCUGGGCUAGCUGUAACUUUCAAAUAUUAAGUAUCGUUUCAUGUAGUUUGAAAUGCGUCUGUAUUAACGUAGGUAAUCACGAUAGGCAUGCAGUGUGCUGGUAGCCACAAUAUUCACCUUUAGGUUAAAGGUGAAAUAAAUGCAAUAUUUUCAAAAAAAUCUUCCCCGUUUACAAAAAUACAAAUCUAGUUGAAAAUAAAAUUCAAGACCCAUUGCCUUGUAAUGAUGUAAUAAAAAGAAAGUAGAGAAGAAUCCCCUACGAACCAAUUUCCAAGUAAUCAACAGGUACGCUCAUCUCCUCCAUUGAUAUAAUAAGAUUAAAUUAAGUCUGCAGGUUAUGUGGGUAGAUUAGUUUUUUUUGCAUGAUCAAAGUGCUCAACUACAAGUAAAUUGCGUAUAUAAGUGACAAUUUUAAGAUGUGUAUGAUAGACAUUUAAACACUGGUCAGAUAUUUUUUUAAGUGCUUGGACUUGAUGUCUCGAUUGCUCACUGUUUUUGUGAUACAUUUGUAUGGAUACACCAAGAACAUGUGUUGAAAGCCUGCUUAUUUAAUUAGUACAAGGUAACGUUUUUGUGCAUGAUUAUUUUCAAAGUAUUGGAAUUUGUCAUUAUAAUUAACUAUGAUUUUGGAAAAUCACAAGUUCUAUUUCAAGAAAAACAAAUAUUUGUAAAAUGAAGUUUCAUUUGUUUUUUUAUGAAAUUGACUCUUCAAAUUCUGUCAAGGCCAUCCUUCAAAAAAUGUUAGAUAAAACACUUUCUUAUACUUAUAUUGUGUAAAAAACAGUUAAAUAAAUUAACGGGAAUACUGUAUUUUCAGUAAUGAUAUUGCUUUGCAGAUUUUUUUUUUACACCUGGUAUCAGAAAUUCAUUAAAUCUUGAGCAAAAGGAUUUAAAAAAUAAAUACAGGUAGGGGUUUCUUGUGAUGCAAUAUCAAUUAUCUGAAGAAUAAAAGACGCUGCAUCCAAUUUCCAUUUUGUGAGAUCUCUGAUCCCUCCUAGCUUGUGAAAGUCCUUUAUUGAUAAAUCUAUUGGUAAGAACUACCAUAAAAGUCUGUUAAGUUUUACACUUUCAUUGUAUUACUGAAUUAAUGUAUAAAGUGUGUGUUUGCGAUUUACUGGUUUGAAAGAUUAUGCAUGGUUUCCUAGGUUAUUUUACUCUGAAGUUGUGAAUUUGAAUGCAAAUUUAGAAAACAUGUGAAAAUGGUGAAUAAAUGUUACAAAUAGU